AUGAUGGAUACCACAACAGCUGAUCGAGUUCUUAAGCUACCGAUAGAUUCACCAUUUGAUACGCAUCGACAGCCUGAAAGAAAUGACGACCCAAAUCAAAAUUCUGAUAAAAGGCCGUUGGUAACUACUGUUACUGACCAAUCUUUGAGUGCAGCUGCAGCUGCAGUAGCGUCUGUACAGGAUACAUGGGGUGAAAACUUUAAUGAACCACUACCUACUAAUAAGGAAGAUCGUAUUAAGCAGGCCUUAGAGUUCAUGAGAGGUGAAAGGCAAGCAUUUGCAGCUGAUAAGAAUAUCAAGAAACAUUCUAUUAGACAAAUAGCGAUGUUCUUUCAAGUGCCAAAAUCAACACUUUAUGACAGGUUAAAGAACAAAUCUGUAGAUCCUCAAGUGAGUGAUGGACGUAUCUACAUGGGUCCCGCCUAUUCGGUUUCUUCAAGGGCUCAUAGUCAACAGAUGAAAUUAUCACCAGAAAAAGAGGUGGCGCUAUUAGAUCAACUACACCAUUUGUGCCAUGCCCUAGGUAACACUUUAAAUCUGACCCACAUUAGAGAUUUCAUAGUAUCGUUAGUGGAUGGGAUCUCAUUGGGUAAGAAAUGGGUCCAUAAUUUUAACAGGAGACAUGAUGACGCCAUUAUUUAUGGUACAACUUCAAGCCACUACAACGUAAGAAUGUUCAAUUCUAAAUCUUCUAGGUCAAACUUUGAAAAUCUAUGGAAAUGCUUUGUUCCAUUACUACAAGAACGGAUUAGACAGAUACCGCCCUCACAACCUUUUUACUACAUUACGAGAGCUUGUUUCCAUCAAGCUUCAAUGUCCAGCAUCUUUACAUGUUUUAAAAUAAUGCCAGAAGAUGCAUCUAUCAGUUUACUUUGCCCGCCCAGAGUAAUAGUAUUCCCAGAUUAUUUUGGUAAAGUUUAUCUACAAUUAAGAGAUUUAAAAAAUGAUGAGAACCAUUUUCGCGAUGUCGAUGAGGAUGUAGAAGAUCACAGUAGUGCAAGCAGUAGUAGUGUUAGUGAAUCAGGUGGUAGAGGUGACAAGUUGGAAAAAGAUCACAGCAAUGUAGAUCACAAUAGGAUUAACAGUCAAGAGAAAUUACAAAAAGAAUUUAAACACAAAAAAUUAAAUGAUGUAUUUCAACGAAUUUAUACAGAAUGUUGUUCUCAAGGUUCAAAUCAAGAUGACGUUCCACUAGUAAUCUUUGAAGGUUUUGAAGAUCGUUACAACUGGGAUCCAAUCACAUGUCGAUCAAUGGUAGUUUUGGGCAAAUUUCUAGCAUUACCUUGGAAUCAACAAGUCUUACAAAGGCUAGUCAUUACAGAAUUGCAACCUGUGGUAGAAGAACUCGCUCAGAGUGCUUCGAUAACGGCAACUCAAUUACCGUCUAUGGAACUCGAUUUAGGUCGUAUGGAAUUAGACUUGGAUCCGUUUAUGCAUUCUUUGAGGCGGCUCCUACAAUCACACACGGAAGUGCUACCUACAAGUUUAAACCAUAACGGAGUUUUAGUUAAUGAUCUCUUUUCAUCUGCACUUCCACAAUCACCACCACCACCCCCUCAAACGGCGGCAACGGCAUCAACAACAACGACAACAGCACCAACAACAGACCAUCACCAAGCAGAAAAUUCUACAUCCGGUAAUAUUUUCGAGGAUUCAACACUAUCACAAUUACAAGAAGUAUUAGGUCUUAUCGAACAUAACGAAUCACAGAUCUACAGAGAACUACCCGACGGAUCAAGUUCGAAAGCAGUAAUACAACAAAUUUUUAACAAAAUCAGAGGAAUCUUACCGCAAUAA